AUGCUUGAUCAAGACACUCGCAUAGUUCAAAAGCUCGACAAUCAGACAAUCGCUGAUUCUGAAGAUUCUUCGUACAGUUCUAAGUCAAACAUUUUGGAUGGUAGUGGGUGUUUUACUAUACCUGUUAGGACUAAUAUUGAAGAAGACAUCUCAGAUUCGUCCUCUAAUUUUUUGCGAGAUAAUAAAAAAAAAAAUGAAAGUAACUUGAUAAUUGUUAAUGCACACAAUUCACCUCUGGGCUUUAGAAAUAGAAUUGAUUCUCGAAGAACACUCAGCAGGCGGACAAAAGAUAUUUCAACUAAUCUAAACUCAACUUCAACUCCAGGCUCCGAUAUCCGAACGCUUGGCAAUGUAAAGCCAAGCGUAAGUUCUGGUGACACACCUCCUUACAACCGAGUUCGUGCUCUGAGAUUGUUUGAAUCUCCGCAGACGCCAAAAACUUUAUUAGAAAGAGCGGAACGUUCCAUCUCAGCCUCAGAAACUGAGAACUGUAGGGGUCUUACACACAGUCGAUCAUGGACAGGCUCUAUGUGUAGAAUAUCACGCUUGGGGGUGACUUUUGACGGUACUACUAGUAAAGUUGACAUUUUAGCAAAUUCUGCAAAAAAUAGUGUGAAAUCUCGAGGCCCUGCUGCAAAUAUUAAUCCAUUUACACCAACAGGUAUGAUGCUAGAAGCACGAACUAAGAAAAGAAGAAAAAGAGGCUGUUACAGCAUGAAUAAAAGCAUAUUUAACAAAAGCGUGGAUGAACUUAUUGAAGAAGACUGUGACACUGAUAGUGAUGAUGAAGAUGUUCUGCCUCCAAAGAGGUUUAACCUAUCUGAUAUAAACACAUCCCGUUACAAUGCAGAGUUCUUAGAGCUUUGCCAGAUUGGAUAUGGAGAGUUUGGUGGUGUUUACAGAUGUGUUAAUCGCUUAGAUGGGUGCGAAUAUGCUAUAAAGAAGUCAAGAAAUUCCAUAAAAGGUGCUUUUGAUGAAAAAGUUGCUCUAAAUGAGGUUUAUGCCCAUGCUGUCUUGGGUAAACAUCCACACGUAGUACGCUACUACUCAGCCUGGGCAGAAGACCAACAUAUGAUCAUACAAAAUGAAUACUGCAAUGGUGGUAGCUUGGCUAAUGCUGUAAUGGAGAACACAAGGUUAGGGCAACAUUUUACUGAAGAAGAACUCAAGAAGAUACUACUUCAUAUUGCUGAAGGACUGAAGUACAUCCACUCACAGGCCCUAGUUCACAUGGAUAUAAAGCCUGGUAAUAUAUUCAUUUCAAGAAAUGUUAAAUCAAUACCUACAACUUCCAGAGGAGGAGAUUCUUCUGAUGAUGGUUUUGAGGAUGAUGAUAAUGAUGAAGAAGAGGUCACAUAUAAAAUAGGAGACCUUGGGCAUGUGACCUCAACUGCAAAUCCUCAAGUAGAAGAAGGAGACUGUCGGUACUUGCCACUAGAAAUCUUGCAUGAAGAUUACAGUUUCUUACCAAAAGCAGAUAUUUUUUCCCUUGGUCUCACUAUUUUUGAAGCAGCUGGAGGUGGCCCCUUGCCAAAGAAUGGAGAGUGUUGGCAUUUGAUAAGAGGUGGUUACUUGCCCACUCUUAGUCAUUGUUCUUAUGAAUUUAAUAAACUAUUAAUGCAAAUGAUUCAAAGUGACCCAGAGUUGAGACCCUCAGCAGCUGCAUUAAUUCAACACCCUGUUGUAGUAUCUUAUGCUAACAAAACAAAAUCUCAGCUCAGAAAAGAGCUUAAUGCAGAAAAGUUUAAAAAUGAGCUUCUUUCUAGGCAACUGCAAGAAGCUGCAAGAUGCCUACAAGGGGUCCCAGUGAAACCAUCAAUUAGUGAGAACAGACUUAACAGGGUUGUCAAAAAGAAACUUACCCGAAGCAUGAGUACGACUAACUUCUAAUGAUGUUCUGAGUAUUAUUUCCUGAAGUUAACACCAAAGACGUAGUGCUGUUUUCCUUCUUUGUAUAAAAGUAAAAAGUAGAAAAAGCUGAAAAUGGGGUGUACCCAUAUACAGUGAAUAUAUUUUUUGGUAUUAUCACCAACACAAGUUAAUCAGUAUUUAAUUUAAUUAUCUUCAACUUCUCAUUACGUUAAAAUUUAUUUUCUGUUGUGAGCUUUCAGCUUUCUAACCAAAACCUUCAAUGUGGAACUGUGCACUGAACAAGGCUGAUUUGUUCCUUCAUGGAGUAUUUGGAAAGACUGGUGACCAAAUAAAAUAAUAUAAAAUAUGUCAUCUGUUGUUAAAAACAUUAAAUUCAAAUUUAAAUUAAGUAGUUUAAUAAAACAUUUAAAACAAAUUAUAGCAGACACACAAUAAAUAUAUUCUUUUUUGUAGUCAUGGAUCAAUAUAAUCGCAUUGAAAUUAUUUAAUAAUAUAACUAAUGUAUAACAAUUUAUUUUUUUCCAACUCAUAAUUGUUUGACCAUACCAGCGGACUAAAUAUGGGGUUAAUCUAGGCUAAGGACAACAGAAUAGUCAAAAGUGUGUGCUUUUGAAGUAAAAACAAAUCUGUAAAUAACAUGUAAAAACUGGUUAACUGAUGUUUACUGGUCUGUUACAUUUCCUUUAAUGUAUGUCAUUUAAUAUAAAAACAAACUUGGAUAUUAAGAUUUAAGUGCAGUGUACUUGUGUUUUGUUUUAUUUUAUUCUUAUUUUAUAUAAACCAAUCAAACAAUGUUAAAAUGAUAGUAUCCAAUCACUUGGUAUAACUAUUGGUAAAAGUGAAAUUUAUACAGUAUUUAAAUGUUUUUAGUAUAA